AUGAAGACUCGAAAGAGGACAUCUGAAGCUACGAAAGCAUCAAGAAAAAGACAGCAGCAAAUAACUUUUGUGAAUGAGAAGGUGAAAGCUUUAUCUACUCAGACUGCUUCAUGCUCGAGAACAAUCGGGAACGGCGAUAGCAGGAGCAGAAGGAUUGCAGCAGUGAAGAAAACUCGACUUAAUUUACAAACUUCUGCUGACUCAUCUGACGUUGUAAGAAAGAGCGAAAAGAUUUUGGCAAAGGUCAGGGAAUACAAGCAGCAGAAAAGCUCCUCCAUUUAUUCUCCAAUCAAAACUAGAGGAUUAUAUAAAAGGCAGUCACGAGGAACAGACCGCUGUCGACUAUGUAAAAUAAGUGCUGGGGGUUUCAUGACAUGUUCUGUUUGUGAAAACAAAUAUCACUUGGAAUGUUUGGGAUAUGCACCAGAAUCUAUACGUUUGGUGUCAGAAAAACGGUGCUGCACAUGGCUUUGUCCGACAUGUAUAUACUGCUACAGUUGCAAUGAGUUUAUAUAUGAUCCGGAAAAUGUGCAGUGUUUUGCAUGCGAUACAGCUUUUCAUGGAACAUGUAAACCACCUUCUGGAGCGUGGAUAAAUCCGAAGGAUCCGCUUUCAAGUUGGUUCUGUUCAAAAUGCAAACAUCUUUUGGACAUCGAAAAUAGUGAAUCGUCGAUUAGCUCCUUUUCAUCGAGUAGUUCCCUGCAAGGAAAUGGAUCAACGGGGAAGAAAUUAUAUUCCUGGCAUUUAAAACGUGAUUGCACAUCAGCUUAUCUCUGGAAAGCUAAGUUACAAGCUGAACGAGAUGCUAUAAACGAUCAGUUGAAAGAUUCCUGUCAUCAAUAUUUGGAAGAGAAAGAACAAAAAGAAAGAAAUAAAGUGAAGCGACAAAUUGAAAGGGAGGAUUUUUCAUUGAAGAAAAAGAUUGCUGUAAAAAAUGCGAAGAAAGUAAAACGGAGCGAUUCGGAAAAUGAAUCGGCUAGGAAUAUCAAUAUUGUCGAUGGGAUUAAAAUUUCUGUUCACGCAAAACGAGAUGUUUCUGAGCAGUUAACAGAAGCUGAAAAACAUCGAGUGAUGAAGGACAGUUCAACUGCUUUUGACCAUAAUUUGUACACAACUGCUAAAAGAGAAUUUCUGGCAUUUCAACCAUCGGAAGAUUUAAAUGCUGAUGAAGAAAGACCGCCUCAAACACAAUGGGUCCACUUGGGUUCCGAACGUUUACUAGUAAUGUACCCAUCACCUUACCCAAAACGUAUCGCACAAUCAUCCAGUGUUUAUUUAUGUCGAUUCUGUCUCCUAGCUCUUGAAGAUUCUACAUUGUACGAAAUACAUGCGGCUUGUUGUGAGUGGAAACAUCCGCCGGGGAAUGAAAUUUAUCGGGAUGAUAGACUAUCAUUUUGGGAAAUCGACGGCAUUGAUGAAAUUGCUUACUGCCGAAGGCUGUGUUUGCUUUCCAAGUUGUUUCUUUUUUCAAAAACUCUUCAUCAUGAAGUGGAAACGUUCUUGUUCUAUAUCUUGACGGAAUAUACAGCGGAGGGUUAUGUGCUUUUGGGUUAUUUUUCGAAGGAAAAAAAUCCGAGCAAAAAUAAUAACUUGAGCUGCUUAUUGACUCUUCCAUCAUCACAGCGAACUGGAUAUGGCAAAUUCCUCAUCGAUCUCAGUUACAAACUUUCUUUACGAGAGCGGAAGAUUGGUGGACCUGAGCAUCCACUUUCGGAUAUGGGUUUAAUCACAUAUCGAAAAAUGAGCAACGAAACUGGUAUACAUUCAUCAGAUAUCAUUAGUACAAUGCUUGAAAAUAAAAUGUUGAAAUAUCGUGAUGGAGGUUACUUGAUUAAUAAAAAGAAAGCAUUUGCUACUCCACUGCGUAUGUUUCGUCGUCGAGUUGUGCAUGAUGCCAAACUUAUUUGGGAACCUGAAUUCGAUGUCGAUGAUGAGUUUAAAAAGAUGGGCACAUAUGUUGAUUAG